AACGUGUCAAAACACAAGCUACAGAGUACAGAUCUACAAGUUCUUCAAUCUUCAAUAGAAUACUUUUUAAAACCUCUUCUUGUUCUUCGAAAAAUGCUUUCGUUUCGUUGAUCAUUUUCAGAAAUCUUUUUCCAACGAUGUGAAACAAUCUCAAGUACGCAGAACACCAAAAUGUCUCAAUCUAAAACUCAUAAAGAGAAAGAGAAACACGCACCAGUUUCUCAAAAAAAGCAAGAUGACAAACUAUGGUGGAUGAUGUUCACAGCAGUGGUCGUACUUUCCUUCGGUAGCCGUCUGUACAAAGUUUCUGAACCAGAUCAUGUUUGUUGGGAUGAAACACAUUUUGGAAAAAUGGGAAGUUGGUACAUAAACAGGACAUUCUUUUUCGAUGUUCAUCCGCCUCUUGGAAAGAUGUUAAUCGCGUUAUCUGGCUAUUUGACUGGAUACGAAGGUACCUUUCCUUUUGAAAAACCUGGAGAUAAAUAUGAAAAUGUGAAUUAUAUCGGAAUGAGAGUCUUUUGUGCUGUUCUGGGUAUGUGUAUUGCUCCGUUUGGAUUUUUGACGAUUUGGGAAAUGACCAAUUCUCUCAAUGCCUCUAUGUUUUCUUCAGUAUUAAUUUUAUUCGAUGUUGGAAUACUUACUCUGACAAGAUACAUUUUACUCGAUCCAAUUUUUCUAUUUUUCAUGAUGGGAACAGUAUUUGGUAGCGCUAAGUUCAACUCAUCUUUCCAAAGAUCUUUUUCGUUACAUUGGUGGACUUGGCUCCUGUUCACUGGAUUCAUGAUGGCGUGUUGUAUCAGUGUGAAAUUUGUCGGUUUAUUUACCGUUAUUUUAGUAGGCCUGAAAACUAUAGAAGAAUUAUGGGAUAUUUUGGGCGAUUUGCAGAAAUCUUUCACGUAUACCGUGAAACAUUUUACAGCCAGAUUUAUUGGACUAGUGGUAUUUCCUAUUCUUCUUUACGUUAGUUUUUUCUACAUUCAUCUUCAAGUUUUGAAUCGAAGCGGUAACGGGGAUGGAUUUUACAGUUCGGGAUUUCAAUCGAAAUUGAUAGGGAAUUCUUUGUAUAACGCCAGUAUGCCUCGAGACGUCGCUUACGGUGCCAUAGUUAGUCUGAAAAAUCACCGAACAGGCGGAGGAUAUUUACAUUCUCAUUGGCAUCUGUAUCCAGAAGGUGUAGGAUCUCGACAGCAACAGAUAACAACUUAUACCCACAAAGACGAAAAUAACCAUUGGCGUAUAAAACAUUUCAACGAUGAGACACCGGAGAAUUCUUCUAUCGAGUUAUUAAAACACGGUGACAUUAUUAGACUAGAGCAUGUAUCCACUCGUCGAAAUUUGCAUUCGCACAGAGAACCGGGUCCUGUUACGAAAAAACAUAAUCAAGUGACAGGCUAUGGAGAGGGUGGAGUUGGUGAUGCGAACGAUGUAUGGAAAGUUUUAAUUGUCGGUGGUUCUGAAGAUGAAGUCGUUAAAACCGUUACCAGUAAAAUUAAAUUCGUCCAUUAUUUACAGCACUGUGUUUUAACGACGACAGGAAAACAACUUCCCAAAUGGGCUUACGAACAACAAGAAGUCACGUGUAACCCCAAUUUGAGAGACAAAAAUUCUUUGUGGAACGUUGAAGAUAAUAUUUUUCCGAAAUUGCCAAAUGUCAGUUUCGAAGUAUACGCUCCUAGUUUUCUCGAGAGGUUUAUCGAAUCACACGCAGUAAUGUUCCAAGGUAACGCAGGACUUAAGCCUAAAGAGGGAGAGGUUACUUCUAGACCAUGGCAAUGGCCGAUUAAUUUCCGAGGUCAGUUUUUCUCUGGAAAUGACUACAAAAUUUACUUACUUGGAAAUCCGGUCAUUUGGUGGUCGAAUCUCUUCUUUUUAGCCAUAUUUCUGAUGAUCUUCGUUUACAAUUCUGUACGUUAUCAACGAGGUUACCGCGACCCUGCUCACGUAGCAAAAAAAAAGAACAAAAUAUUACACAGUUGUACCUGGUUAUUUUUAAGUUGGCUUCUGCAUUACGUCCCAUUUUGGGCCAUGGGAAGAAUUUUAUACUUUCACCAUUACUUUCCUGCUUUACUUUUUAGUUCGAUGUUAUCAGGUGUAAUUAUAAGCUACGUUACCGAAUCCGUCCAUCAGAUAUUUAACGAAACACUCGCCAAUACCAUACAUCACACAAUAGUGGCUGUUUUUUACUCAUCCGUCCUAUACAGUUUUUACCUAUUUGCUCCUCUUUCUUAUGGAAUGAGCGGACCUUCAGCGGUUGAACCCAAUAGUACUAUGUACGGAUUACGAUGGAUGGAGUCGUGGGAAUUUUAAUUUUUCAACUUUUCUAUGAUAUUCCUCGUACAGUGAUUUAAACCAACUUUCUUAAUUUAUAUCGAACACAGAAUCUCUCUUUUUGAUACUUUUGUAAUAAUUUUUUUAAAUAAAACGUUGAUUGUUUUUUA